GUUAUUUGUUUACUACCAAAUGGAAAGAGAAAACUAAACGAUAAGUUGUCCCAUCUUCCCCUACCCUACUAUAUAGUUUUAACACAUUUUGCUUUUCCAAAAACCCUUUUGACGUUUUCUUUGUUUGAUAAUUGUCAAAUUUAAACGAUUAGUUCCAAUGGAGUGCGCCAGUAUACAGUAACUGUAGAUUACGGUCAAUUGUUUUUAUGUUAAUAUCGUGUUUUACUUUGGAAUUAGCGAUUAGAGAAAUAAAUAUAUGUGAUUAAAUGUCACUUUUUUGGAAGAACUUAUUUUUUCUCCCGGUUAUAAUUUGGUAUAAGAUGAAUGUAAGUAAUUUAUCCUCGCGUGGCGGGAGAACGACAGUCGUUGUAACACAGGUGUUCUGGUUCAUACACAUACAAUCAUACAUGCUUCUACAAAACAAUAUCCAGAUAUAAAGCAGCAUUAAAGCCAUACAGCUUAAACUGUGGCAAAAAAAUCACCGUUAAACAAGAACGUGAGAAAAAAAUGUUUCAGUUUUUUGGCCUAAAAAUAUCGAAAAUGGCAUAGUUUUUUUCCGGUGUUAAGCGAAUGUUUCCUCAUUUUAAACUCAAGUAUUACUGAAUAUAAUACAGACUGUUGUUACGCUAUACAGGUACUAGUGUAUUGACAAAACCAUGGCAGAAAACUUGUUUAUAAUUUUGUUAGUUCUGGCAAUUUCCCUGUUUUCAAGCGGGCAAGAUCUAAACUGUGUGGACACGCAAACUAACAGUUUUUGUGCCGCAAAGCAAACUGCUGGCUUUUGUAGUUUACAAUAUUAUCAAGAUCAAUAUUGUUCCAAAACAUGUAACCCAAGAUGUGCUACUGCUAGAGGUGACCCUCCCCCUUUGACGUCAUCAAACGUCACAAACUUGAUUAAUGACAUAAUAAAGAGCAGCUUUGGGAACGUAACUACAUUCAAGAGUAGUAUUAUGGCUUCUAUACUCGCUAUUCAAAAAUUGGUCGAUCAGAUUAAAUUACAGCUUCAACCUGUAGUGCGAGUCGAUUGUGUCACACAAGACAAAAACAUCUGGGCCGGAAAAUACCUCGCUUUGUGUCCGGCUAACUGCAAUAACCUGACCAUCGCAUCUUUAAAACUAUGGGGGUUUUUAGUUUACACUGGAGACUCACGAAUCUGCCAAGCGGCGAUACACAGUGGAAAUUUAAACGCAACGGGCGGUCUUGUAAAGAUAGAAAAAACAACAGGUGUUCAAAAAUAUUUCGGCAUUACUAGAAACGGUCUCACUAGUCGUUCAAGUACUUUCUACCCAUCUUCCUUCCAAGUCAAGCCAGCAGUUUGACGUCAUUAGUUGUAAACCAAGCUACAAAUUACGAAAAAUUUGAAGAAAAUAACGAUAUUACACGCAUUUGUUAAAAUUUGGUUAACUUAAAUGAUUGCCAAAUUUUUGGCAUCAUAUACGUCAAAAAUAAAACAUUAAGGUGCUAUAAAUGAUAUGCCGUGUUCUUGUACCUAUGUCACUUAUACCAGCUCUAUUCUACUUGUAUAUUUAUCAUUGAAUAUAAUGGUGGAUAUUUAUUAAACAUGAUUACUG